UAUAUUGUGAAUAGUAGCACGUUAGAGCAAACAUUGUCUAACACCGCAACGUAAUCAACUCUAAAUACAUUAAAGGCACUUUUUUCGUGGAGGAGUCAGCCGGAGGGUUAGAGAAUGUCUGUAAACACUGGCCAUGGUUUACCUUUUUUGCCAGGAAAUUCUUUUCCUGACAUUACGAAGUCAGCUUUCAACCUGUCCCAAACAUUGGCAUACAAGAAUGGGUAUGCUCUUCCACGUCGGCCUACGGUGGGCAUCGGACAAACCCCCCUCUUAUCAGAGCAGCUGACCCAGAAUGAGUUCAACAAGCUGUCCGAAGAGACCUCUCUUUUGACGUACGGCACCACCCGCCGUAAACCUGCCCUGGAUUUCAUCCCUGCUCAUGUGGCCUAUGACAAGAAGGUGCUGCGUUUCUAUGGAUACUUUCAACAGAAAGUGCUGCACUCUCCGGAUGAGGAGUACCGCGUUCGUCCUGUGGUCAUCUACUACUACCUGGAGGACGACAGCAUGCUCAUCUCUGAGCCUACGGUGGAGAAUUCUGGGAUACCCCAGGGAAAGCUGAUCAAGCGCCAUCGUUUGCCCAAGAAUGACCGGGGUGACCCCUACCACUGGAAGGACCUGAACCAAGGCAUGGACUUGUGUGUGUACGGUACACGCUAUCGCAUCACACACUGUGAUGCCUUCACACAGGACUUCAUGGAGAGUGAGGGCCUGGUCCUGAACGACCCGGAGCCGGCCCCGGUCGACCCCUACCUCACACGGCGUACCCCGGCCCAGCGCUCUUACGUCACCCCCUCUGACUUCGACCGUCUGAAGCAGUUUGUGACCAUGGACCGCAAGGUGCUGCGUUUCUAUGCGCUGUGGGACCACACUGACUCCCUGUACGGAGAGGCCCGACCCGUCACCAUCCAGUACUACCUGGUGGAUGACUCUGUGGAGAUCCGUGAGGUCCACGAGCACAACAGUGGGCGAGACCCCUUCCCAGUGCUGCUUCGCAGACAGAGGCUGCCCAAGACCACCAAACCAACCUGUGAGCCAUUUCCCAGAUGUGUGCUGGAGGUGUCAUCACAGGAAGUACAACAGUACUACACCCCGAAGGACUUCCGGGUAGGGGAGACGCUCAUGAUGAUGGGGAGACGUUUUCUGCUGUAUGACUGUGAUGAGUUCACCAAGAACUUCUACAAGCAGAACCACCCCGACAUUGAGAUUAAGCCCAGGGAAGUGGCCAGGAAGGUGGAACAGGACCAGAAAAAAAGCUUUCCGCCUUACAAUGGUUACGGAUCCUUGGAGGAUUCACUCCAGAACUGCUUCUCUCUGGUGCCUGAGCCCCCCAAGAAGGACCUGAUGAAGAUGCUGGAGAACGACCACAAAGAGCUACGCUAUGCUGCUAGGAUGGACUCUCAGAAUGCUCAUGAUGAGGGCCGGCGCUUCAUCCUCUCCUACUUCCUGUCCGAUGACAUGAUCAGUAUUUUCGAGACGUCCACACGCAAUUCUGGGAUAAUCGGCGGCAAGUUCCUGGAGAAGACUCGCAUUCCAAAGCCAGGCUGCUGCGUGGACAACCCCGAAUUCUAUGGGCCUGCCGACUUUGCCAUUGGAGCUACCUUAGAGGUUUUCAGACACAGAUUCAUAUUGACCGAUGCUGACCACUAUGUGCUCAAAUACCUGGAGUCCAUCUCGGACCAGAUCCCCACUCAGACACUGGUGUCCAUUAGGCAGAAGCUUGGCCGGGGUCUGGAACAGGGAGACGACCAAACCAGCACCUCUCCUGGGUUGGGUCACAGCUCAGGUAACACAGCCAUUUUUCUGGCUUCUGGUUCAAGAUACAACUGUUUAUAAAUUGGAUUGUUACGGUCUAUAACAUUCAACUUAUAAAAUCUUAUGAAAAGCAUGAUCACAGAACGGUCUAAAACUGACACCUCAUCAGGGUUUUUGCAUCAUGAGAUUGCUGAUAGUCUAGAUUAUUUUGUGUGGGAAUCUACCACUUCUAAUAAAUUGUUUGUUUAUCCCCUUUGGUCUACUUCCUCAGAUGAGAUUAAAGAAGCAGAGCAGUCUUCAUGAUGCCAGAAGCUUCCUUCCAUUCUAAACAAGUGUCUUUACCUUCCUCAUCUUUGACCCCUUCAAUAGAUCCUACAAUCCAUGGCAUCAUCAUACCCAUGCAGUAUCUUUCUAGUGUUAAUAAAUUGCAUAUUUAAAUCAUUUCAGCUCUUGUUUCCUGUCGUUUUGGAGUAACGCCUUCUACGGGGGAGUUUUCUUUUCUUUAUUACUGAACCUAGAUUACCAUAUACCUACCCGUCUUGGUACAAAAUGUCAGUUGGAUUUCUUUCUACAGUAACAUUGUGCAAUGUACAUAGUACAUAUCUGUCCUCACCAUUUCAGAGAACUGCAAUAUUUAAUAAAGUAAUAAACAAUUUACCAAACAAAAAACAUGGAAUAGCAUGCGGUAUUAUCAACAUACAUGAUGCUUCUCUGUAAGUGACCAUGGCACAAAUGCAUUAAUUUACACUGACACCACACAAGGCAGAUUCCAAAGACUUGACAUUCCUUAAGAUUGGUCCAAUCUCAACCAGGUAUUACCCCAUUACCAUCAAAAUAAACAGGAUAUUGUCAAAGCCAGCCCUGUCAUUAUGUCCCUCAAAGGCAACUGUAGCAUCAGCAACAUCCUUCCUGUGCAGAAUGACCGAGAAAGCGAAGCCAGCUCAUCAACAGAACACAGCACAGCAGGCAACUAAGAACAAAUGCUAGACUGGUACAGUACUUAUGCAUAAAGAGAAAUGACAUGGAAACAUUCAAUAUGAUGCUUAGGUACACCGUGCAUCACACAUAUACAUAGAAAUCACUUUAGUAUACAAAGGAGCCCCCC